UCCCAGGGGCCAUGAGGGGAGGGGGCGGCCAGUUCGGAGUGGCUGUGAGAGGACAGGAGGAGGGGAAAUCGGCUUGUGCUGUGGCCCGGCUCAUCUUCCCGCUCCCUUGUCAGAAGGAGGUAGUAAGGCUACACCCCUCCUCCUCCUCCAGCCAUUCCAGGCUCCUGUGAAUCCUGUUUGCAAAUAGGCUGUGCCAUUCCGACAAUGGCGACCCUGCAACAGAUGCCCUUUCACUCUACUGCCUGCCCUCAUAUCUUCUAAUGGCAGUGCGGCCGCAGCAUCGCUAGUGCAGAAGAAGCAGCCGAGGACCGAGCUAAAGUGCACAAGGACACAGUCAAUUGCCGAGCCGGGGAUUUUAUACUGAGUGAUUUAUUUGCUUCAGUAACCACUGAAUCUAGAGUUACACAGCUUAUCUACAAAAAUCCCCAGAACCUUCUCAACAGCAAAAGUAAGAAAAACUGGGUUUUCUGAGCAUGGGGGAAUCGGAGCAGAGACAAACGGCUGCCUCUAGAUUAGGAGCUCCUGAAAGUGUUGGUAUCAGCACACUGGAACAUGGAGUCAAGCCACCAUUAUCACCGCAGGGGAAAAUCUAUCCAUUCAAGGUCCAGAUGCUGGACGAAACCUUGGAAACCAUUGAAGUUCCAAUAAGAGCCCCAGGGAAAACUCUUUUGGAUGCCGUCUGCAGCCACCUUAAUCUUGUUGAAGGGGACUAUUUCGGCCUUGAGUUCCAGGACCAUAGAAAGAUUAUGGUCUGGCUGGAUCUUUUAAAACCAAUUGUCAAACAGAUUAGAAGGCCCAAGAAUGUGGUGCUUAAGUUUGUAGUCAAGUUUUUUCCACCUGAUCACACUCAGCUGCAAGAAGAAUUAACAAGGUACCUUUUCGCCCUUCAAGUAAAGCAGGAUUUGGUGCAAGGCAAGCUUACUUGUAAUGAAAGCAGUGCUGCACUUCUUAUCUCUCACAUUGUACAGUCUGAAAUUGGAGAUUUUGAUGAAGCUGGGGACCAAGAGCAUCUGCUAAAGAAUAAGUAUAUGCCCCAACAAGAACCUUUGGAAGAAAAAAUCAUGGAAUUACAUCGGAAUCAUUUUGGUCAGACGCCAGCAGAGUCAGAUUUCCAGCUUCUGGAGAUUGCCCGUCGCUUAGAGAUGUAUGGAAUCAGGCUACACCCAGCUAAGGACAGGGAGGGGACCAAGAUCAACCUUGCAGUUGCCAACACUGGCAUCUUAGUGUUUCAGGGGCAUACAAAGAUAAAUGCUUUUAACUGGGCAAAAGUUAGAAAGCUAAGUUUCAAGAGGAAACGUUUUCUCAUAAAACUCCGUCCAGAUGCAAAUAGUUCCUAUCAGGAUACACUUGAAUUCAUGAUGGCCAGUCGGGAUUUCUGCAAAUCAUUUUGGAAAAUAUGUGUUGAAUAUCAUGCCUUUUUCCGGUUAUUUGAAGAGCCCAAGCCAAAGCCCAAACCAGUUCUCUUUAGCAGGGGUUCAUCGUUUAGGUUCAGUGGUCGUACACAAAAGCAAGUUUUGGAUUAUGUUAGAGAAGGAGGGCAUAAAAAAGUACAAUUUGAAAGGAAACACAGCAAGAUCUGUUCUAUUAGAAGUCAGUCUUCACAUCGCCCAGAACCUCUUUUGGAAGUGCCAAAACAAAGUUCUAACAUUACCUUUGAGCAAAGUUCUCAGCCAGAUGAAAUACAGACAUUACAGCAAGUGAGGGAAGAUAAGAGGGUUGUGGAUGUGCCAGUACAACAUAGAAGCCCAUCUCCUAAUAAAAGUCCAGUCGCCAAGAGGACAAAAGAAGGCAUAGAUGUGACAGCAGAUGGUGAAGAUGCUGCCAAAGACCAUUCACAAAAGAGCUUAAAGAAUACACACCAGCAAAGCACAGGUUCCUUAACAGGGAGUCCGCAUCUUUCUGAAUUAUCAAUUAAUUCUCAAGGAGGACUGAUUGGCCUUAACCCUUCACUGUCUCCUAAUCUGAGCCCUGAUGGCAAGCCCUCCUCUCCUCUUAUCAGCCCAUUACUACAUGAACCUGCCUGCAUCAGAACGGACGAUGAGGAAGAAAGUCGUAAAAAGAAAUUUCCUACGGACAAAGCCUACUUCAUUGCAAAGGAGGUUUCGACUACAGAGUGCACCUACCUGAAAGACCUAGAAGUUAUUACAAAGUGGUUUCAGAAUGCUGUUGGCAAAGACGAUGCUAUGCCAGAAUCUUUAAGAAACCUUAUAUUUCCCAACUUUGAUCCCUUGCAUAAAUUCCAUACUAGUUUUCUAAAGGAAGUUGAUCAGAGACUUGGAUAUUGGGAAGGCAGAUCCAAUUCACAUAUGAAGGCGGAUAACCAGAAAAUAGGGGAUGUAAUGCUUAAGAACAUUCAGGGUAUGAAGCAACUUACAACUCAUCUACAGAAACACUAUGAAGCUCUGAUAGAACUAGAAAAGGCCAUGAAAAACUCUCGCAAGCUGGAAAGCAUGUGCCGGGAUUUCGAGCAAGAGAAGGUGUGCUAUUUACCUCUCAACACCUUCUUCCUUCAGCCGUUACACAGACUUAUGCACUACAAGCAGAUCAUGGAAAGACUCUGUAAACACUACCCACCCAAUGAUGUGGACUUUAGAGACUCUCGAGCUGCUUUGGCAGAGAUAACGGAGUUGGUGGCUCAGCUACAUGGCACCAUGAUAAAGAUGGAAAAUUUCCAGAAACUACAGGAGCUCAGAAAGGAUUUAACUGGCUUGGACAAUUUGGUGAUCCCAGGACGGGAGUUCAUUAGGCUUGGGAGUUUAAGCAAGUUAUCUGGGAAAGGACUACAGCAGCGGAUGUUCUUUUUGUUCAACGACGUUAUGAUAUACACAAGCAGAGGGCUGACUUCAACAAAUCAGUUUAAAGUUCACGGGCAGCUUCCUCUCUUUAAUAUGACUAUAGAAGAAAGUGAAGAUGAAUGGGGAGUACCUCACUGCCUUACAUUACGGAGUCAGAAUCAAUCGAUCAUUGUUGCAGCCAGUACUCGUCCUGAAGUGGAAAAGUGGAGUGAGGAUAUUCAGAUGGCCAUUGAUCUGGCUGAGAAUAGCAGCGGCCCUGUACCUGAGCUCUUGGCCAGUAGCCCUCCUGAUGGCAAGACACCAGAGGAAGGCUCUACAGACCAGGAGUCGGAGGAUGAUUUAAGCGCAUCUCGCACAUCUUUGGAAAGGCAAUCGCCCCAUCGUGGGAACACCACUGUCCAUGUUUGCUGGCACAGAAACACUAGCGUCUCCAUGAUUGAUUUCAGCUUGGCCGUGGAGAAUCAGUUCUCUGGAAACCUGCUGCGCAAAUUUAAAAACAGCAAUGGCUGGCAGAAACUUUGGGUGGUGUUCACUAACUUCUGCCUCUUUUUCUACAAGUCCCACCAGGACAGUCACCCAUUGGCCAGUCUCCCUUUGCUGGGAUAUUCCCUUACCAUUCCCUCUGAAUCAGAGAAUAUUCACAAGGAUUAUGUCUUUAAACUUCACUUCAAGUCACAUGUCUAUUACUUCCGAGCUGAGAAUGAAUACACUUUUGAUAGGUGGAUGGAAGUUAUUAGAAGUGCCACCGAUUCUGCCAGUCGCUCGCGCAUUUUGAGCCGUAAAGAGUUGCACAUGUACUGAACAUUCCUUACACUAAAUUCACCAGCGGGAAUCUGACACCAGACACAGUUCUUGCUGAAUGUUUGUGAGGCCGGCAGCUGUCAUCCCACAGAAACCCAAGGAUCCUGCUCAGCAAUGCCUUUCUUUUAGCAGCUUCGUAUGGACAAACACUUUUUUAGACUGUUCCUUCUCUCAGUCCAGCAGCCGCUGAGCCCUUGCUGAGUGCCCCUCGAUGUCCCAUAAACUCUGAAUCUGAACGUGUGCCAACAAAAAUCUCUAGUCUAGUGGCAAAUGAUUCUACUUGUAUUCUUAUCCUGUUUCUAACUUCCACUUGCAGUUUAACAUGUCCGUGUAUAAUUGGUACAAAAGGUCAAUGUUUUUCAAGUGUUUUAAAUUAUAAAGCUUUCCCUUCAAUACUCCUGCUCUAUAGUUGUUUCCAUGAAGGUUUACAUGCCUACAAAGGACUUUAAUCGGCUCAGUUUGGAGGCAAGAACCCUCAUUAGCGCUAAUCCGUAUUUACUAAAACUUUGAUCCCGAUAUACAGCCAGGAGGAAUCAGAUUACCCAACCCAUGCAUCUCCUCUCACUGUCAGCGCACACACAUCAUUGGAAAAUACGUUUUUUGCUUUUAUACUGUACAAACUUGGCAUCCGAUUGUUCUCCGGACUUUUUUGACAUGGAUGUUUGUGCCUUUUUAUUUUUUAUAAAUAUAUAUAUUCCUUUUUGUGCUUUAGAACUUCUUUUAAUUAGUACACUGCCCUAGAAAUGCACUGGCUGAAAGCAGGAAGGGGCGGGAUUUUACAAAGAUGCAAUAAAUGAAAUGCACAAGCAACAAA